GUCAAUUGAAAGUUCUUUACACACUUUCCUUUGCAACAUUGUUCAUUUCUUUGUUUCUAACUCUUCUCAUUCCAUUAUGCCAGAGUACUCGUUCGAGACUAUUAAAGUCACAUUCCCAUCUCCUUUUGUCGCUCAUGUUGAGCUCAACCGUCCAAAGAAGUUAAAUGCUAUCAAUGGAGCCAUGUGGGCGGAUAUUCGCUCUGUCUUUGAUACUCUCCGUGACGACCCCGAUGUCCGUGCCAUUGUCCUUUCUGGGUCUGGUCGAGGCUUCACCAGUGGACUCGACUUAUUCUCUCUUGAGCUCCCCACUGUCGAAGGCGAUCCCUCACGUACUGCGUUCAAAAUUCGUCCAUAUGUCAAGUCACUUCAAGAUAGUUUGAGUGCAAUUGAGCGUUGCGAUAAGGCUGUAGUUGCUGCUAUUCAUGGCCCUUGCAUUGGUGGUGGUAUUGAUAUCACCACGGCCUGCGAUAUCCGCUAUGCUUCUAAGGAUGCAUUUUUCUCAGUGAAGGAAGUUGAUAUCGGCCUGGCAGCCGAUGUUGGAACUCUCCAGCGUCUGCCCAAGGUAGUCGGCAAUAACAGCUGGGUCCGUGAGCUCUGCUUGACUGGACGCAACUUUGAUGCAAAGGAAGCUCUUGAAUAUGGUUUCAUCUCUAAGCUGUUCCCAGAACCCGCCAAUGUUUUGGAAGAAGCUUUAGCUACUGCCAAGUUCAUUGCCGAAAAAUCGCCUGUUGCUGCGAUAGGUACAAAGCAUCUAUUGAACUAUUCACGCGACCAUACUGUUCAAGAGGGACUGGAUUACACCGCGGCAUGGAACAUGGUUAUGUUGACUACACCUGAUCUCCCUGAAGCAGCUGCAGCAAACAUGCAGAAGAAGAAGGCAACCUUUGCAAAAUUGUAAACAGGCACUGGAGGAAAAAAGAAAGCACUGUUGCAUUGCAUAUAAAAUGAAAUAAAGUAAAAUACUGUUUCGGUCCAACAGCCAGUUAGGACGAG